CUUUUUACAAAUUUGGAUCGUUUCUUUAUUUUAUUUUCUGGGUUUUGUUUCUUAGCUCUGAAACUGUUGGUUUGUAGCUUGUAACUUUAAGAAUUUAUGGACAAGGAGACGGAGGAGUUGUUUUUGUUGUUGUUGUUGUUGCUGGGUAGGUGAAGAAAGAGCUGGAUUUUGAGGGUUGUCUUUUGAAAUGGCGAGAAAAAGAACGACGAGGGAUCAUAUUGUUAAUGAGUGUGUACAGUUUUUCAGCUAUUUAAUGGCAGAGAGGCCUAAGUUUCACUUUUUUGUUCCGUUGAUGCUGUUUGUCUGGGCCGUGGAGCGAUGGAUCCUGCCCUUCUCCAAUUGGGUUCCUCUUCUUGUCACUGUAUGGGCAACCAUUCAGUAUGGAAGUUAUCAACGCCUGGUUUUAGUAGAAGACCUUAAAAGGAAAUGGAAACAAGUCAUAUUGAACAAUUCGCCCAUAACACCAUUAGAGCACUGUGAGUGGCUGAACAAGCUUUUGAUGGAAGUUUGGUCUGAGUUCAUAAACCCAAAACUCUCAAAAAGGUUUUCAUCUAUUGUUGAGAAACGCUUAAAACACCGGAGACCAAGCCUUAUAGAAAAGAUUGAACUGCAGGAGUUCUCAUUUGGUUCAAGUCCACCUAUCUUGGGGCUGCAUGGGACACGUUGGGCAACUUCAGGUGACCAGCGAAUCAUGCACAUGGGUUUUGACUGGGACACAAGUGACAUGAGCAUUAUGUUGUUCACAAAGUUAGCCAAGCCGUUACGUGGAACUGCCAGAAUUGUCAUAAACAGCAUCCACAUCAAGGGAGAUCUUCUCUUGAUGCCAAUUCUGGAUGGAAAAGCAAUUUUGUACUCAUUUGAAUCAACUCCUGAGGUGAGAAUAGGCAUUGUCUUUGGAAGUGGUGGGAGCCAAACACUUCCUGCAACAGAACUUCCUGGUGUUUCAUCGUGGCUGGUUAAGCUUUUCAAUGAUACCUUGAUGAAGAAAAUGGUUGAGCCUCGACGGCGGUGUUACUCUUUGCCAUCAGUAGAUUUAAGGAAGAAAGCAGUUGGAGGGAUUCUUUCAGUAAAAGUUGUUUCCGCAAGUAAACUGGUGAGGAGUAGCAUGAAAAAGAGCUCUUCUGUGAGGCAACACAGCUCUAGAAGAAAUGGUUUGGUAGAAGAAGAGAACCUUGAUGAUAAUGAUAUGCAAACCUUCAUCGAAGUCGAACUUGAAGAGCUAACCAGGAGAACAAUUGCAAGUCCAGGUUCUAGUCCUAGAUGGGAUGCAAAUUUUAAUAUGGUUUUGCAUGAAGAUACAGGAAUUCUUAAAUUCCAUCUUUAUGAAUGCAUUCCAGGCAGUGUGAAGUAUGACUAUCUAGCCAGUUGUGAAAUUCAGAUGAAAUACGUCCUAGAUGACUCCACAAUAUUCUGGGGAAUAGGACCUGGAUCAAGUGUGCUAGCCAAGCAUGUGGAAUACUGCGGGAAAGAAGUUGAAAUGGUUAUUCCGUUUGAGGAAAUUAAUUCAGGGGAGUUGACGGUGAGGCUUGUGUUGAAGGAAUGGCAGUUUUCUGAUGGUUCAAAUAAUUCUUUGGAUAAUAACUCCCAUCUUUAUUCUCAACAAUCUCUAAAUGGUUCAUCUAACAUUCAAUCAAUGACUGGAAGGAAGCUCAUUGUAACUGUUGUGGAAGGAAAGGAUUUGAUUGCGAAAGACAGGUCUGGAAACUGUGACCCAUAUGUAAAACUACAGUAUGGGAAGGCCCUUCAUAAAACAAGGACAAUCCCUCAUGCUAUGAAUCCUGUGUGGAAUCAGAUGUUUGAAUUUGAUGAGGUAGGAGGUGGUGAAUAUCUGAAGAUAAAAUGCUACAGUGAAGACACCUUUGGAGAUGACAACAUUGGCAGCGCACGUGUAAAUUUGGAAGGACUAUUAGAAGGCUCAUCGAGGGAUGUCUGGGUCCCCCUUGAAAAGGUGAAUUCGGGAGAACUGAGACUUAAAAUCGAAGCAGUGAGAGAUGAUAACCAGGAAGGAUCAAGGGGUGCAAUGUCAGGAUCAACGAAUGGUUGGAUUGAACUGGUAGUUAUUGAAGCAAAAGACCUCAUUGCCGCUGAUUUGAGGGGAACAAGUGAUCCAUAUGUGAGGGUUCAAUAUGGAAACAUGAAGAAAAGAACAAAGGUUAUAUAUAAAACACUGAAUCCUCAAUGGAACCAGACCUUAGAGUUCACUGAGGAUGGUAGCCCAUUAAUGUUGCAUGUUAAAGAUCACAAUGCCUUACUACCAACAUCAAGUAUAGGUGAUUGUAUUGUAGAGUACAAGGGAUUGCUUCCAAAUGAGACAGCUGACAAGUGGAUACCUCUCCAAGGGGUGAAGAGGGGGGAGAUCCAUAUCCAAAUAACAAGAAAGGUUCCAGAACUACAGAAGAAAUCCAGUUUGGAUUCUAAUACUUCAGACUUAAGCAAAGCAAAUCAAAUUUCUGUUCAGAUGAGACAAAUAAUAACCAAGCUUCGAACCCAAAUAAAGGAUGGGGAUCUUGAAGCCUUAUCACUGAUUUUGAAUGACAUAGAAACUGUAGAAGAUGUCCAGGAGGAUUACAUGUUACAACUCGAGACUGAGAAGUUACUAAUGCUCGAAAAGAUAAACAUGCUAGGUGAGGAGAUCUACAAAUCUUCGCCUCCCCAGAGUAGGAAAAAUUAUGUUGUCUGAGUGUUUGCUUGGAAUGGAAUAUAUAAUAUCUAUUUGUUGUAUCCUAUGAUGUAAAUUUGAUAACAGAUAGCACGAUUUGACAUGAUAGCCAUUGGAAUAUAUGCUGUAAAUGUAUGUUGGAG